CUUUCUGUCCAUCUUGAUGUAGACAACUGUCACUACCUACACCGCCAGAAUCACCCGUCGUCGUCAUGUCGUCGACGCCGUCCUCACGCCGCCGAGGGCAUUCUUCUCGAAAUUCUCAGUCCUCCACUCCGGCUCAACAAUCCCAAUCCACUCCAAGGAGUACGAGACGAGCACCCAAUGGAGCAUCUGCAGUUGCAUCCUCCUCGCCUUUUUCCUUCCGUUCUUCCCCUGCUCGAGCGACCCCCGCGCCUCCGUCGCAAAUGGCAAACGAUGACAUGCUGAUAAGUUCUCCCCCCGGACACUCGUCUGAGGUAGGCGACCGAGAGACAACUCCGCGCGCGUCAACCCGACUGGUGGCAGAUUCAUCCCCCGUUAGAUACGAUCCUAGUUCGAGCCCGGCGAGAAGUUCACAGCAACCCCGUUCCGAUAUUGGCAGCAGCAGUAGUGCCCUUUUUGUCCGCCAGGACCAUCAGCCAAGAAUAUCCUCCCGGAGAGGUGACAUCCAUUCUGAUGCAUUUGCACCCUCGUCCGCUCCUCGUCACCGAAUCUAUAUUGGCGAAGAUGGCAUGCCCAUUCGAGACGGAAACGAUCCCACUUCCGAGGCUACUUUCUCAAACCUCAAUCCCGACACGUCCGAGGCCGAUGCCAUGGGAGGCGACUCGACCAGAGUCAUCUGGGGCACCAAUAUAUCUGUGGUAGAUUCCAUGGCCUCAUUCAAGAAUUUCCUCUACAACUAUGCUAAGAAGUAUCGCAUGUGGGCCGACGGGGCCACGGAAGAGGAAACGCGUGCUCUAGGGGCAGUUGCAGACGAAAAGGAAUAUCUGCCAAUGCUUCAGAAUAUGAGAAGGAUGGGCGUCCACCCCCUUAACCUGGACGCCCGCAACCUCAAAGCGUAUCCCGCGACCUUGAAACUGUGGCAUCAACUCCAGGCCUAUCCUCAGGAAAUCAUUCCCUUGAUGGACCAAGCCGUAAAAGAUGUCAUGGUGGAAUUAGCUCAGAAGGAAAUGCAAGAGUUACGCCGAGCUCAUACCAACGCCCCUGCUUUGCGCGCAAUCAAUGGGAGCUCAAUGCCUCCACUUCCCUCUUCUGAUCUGGGACGCGGGACACCUGGAACAGGCCCUGCUGCCGAUGAAAUCCCUGACCUGGUAGAGGAAGCAGAGAUGCAACCUUGGAAGGUCAUGCCAUUUGGGCUGGACAAGACGAUCAACAUGCGGGAGCUCGAUCCAGCCGAUAUCGACAAGCUGAUUUCGGUCAAAGGACUUGUCAUUCGAACUACCCCAGUCAUUCCUGACAUGAAAGAGGCCUUCUUCAAAUGCACCGUCUGCCAACAUACGCUGUACGUGUCAAUCGAUCGCGGAAAGAUCGCAGAGCCGAUCGAGUGCCCGCGCCCAGCUUGCAAAUCCAAGGACAGCAUGGAGAUCAUUCACAAUCGCUGUAUAUUUGCGGACAAGCAGGUGAUCAAGUUGCAAGAGACGCCGGAUUCAGUGCCGGACGGACAGACGCCUCAUAGCGUGUCUCUCUGCGUGUAUGAUGAUCUGGUCGACGUCUGCAAGGCUGGUGACCGAAUUGAGGUCACUGGCAUUUUCCGAAGCAAUCCAGUCCGUGUCAAUCCCCGCCAACGCACAGUCAGAGCGCUCUUCAAGACUUACGUGGAUGUCCUUCACGUGCAAAAGGUCGAUAAACGCAAGUUGGGCAUUGACAUGUCGACGAUAGAGCAAGAGCUCUCUGAGCAGGUUGCGGGCGAGGUCGAGCAGACUCGAAAAGUGACAGCCGAGGAAGAAGCCAAAAUCAAGGAAACGGCCGCCCGCGAAGACAUCUACGAGCUUCUGUCGAGGAGUCUGGCUCCAAGCAUCUACGAGCUGGAUGACGUCAAGAAAGGCAUCCUCUUGCAACUGUUCGGCGGUACGAACAAGACAUUUGCAAAGGGUGGCAGCCCCAGGUACAGAGGCGACAUCAAUGUCUUGUUGUGUGGUGAUCCAUCCACUUCCAAGUCCCAGCUCCUGCAAUAUGUCCACAAGAUCGCCCCGCGAGGAGUCUAUACAUCUGGAAAAGGUUCCUCGGCGGUCGGACUGACAGCGUACGUGACCCGAGAUCCAGAAUCCAAACAACUCGUGCUCGAGUCCGGAGCUCUAGUCCUUUCCGACGGGGGUGUCUGCUGCAUUGACGAAUUCGACAAGAUGAACGAGUCUACCCGCUCGGUGCUGCACGAAGUCAUGGAACAGCAAACCGUCUCCAUUGCGAAAGCGGGCAUCAUCACCACCUUGAACGCAAGGACAAGUAUCCUCGCUUCAGCAAAUCCGAUCGGGAGCAAGUACAACCCGAAUCUCCCGGUGCCCCAGAACAUUGAUCUGCCGCCGACGCUACUGUCGAGGUUUGACCUUGUGUACCUUGUGCUGGACCGAAUUGAUGAAGUGAAUGAUCGGAGACUUGCGAAGCAUUUGGUCGGCAUGUACCUCGAAGACACGCCUGAUAAUGCGUCGAGGGAGGAAAUCUUGCCCAUUGAGUUCCUCACCUCUUAUAUUUCCUACGCCCGCAACAACGUCCACCCAAGUAUCACACCCCCGGCUGCCAACGCCCUGACGAACGCCUACGUUGCCAUGCGCAAUCUCGGUUCCAACAUCCAAUCCUCCGAAAAACGCAUUACAGCCACUACUCGCCAGCUGGAAUCCAUGAUUCGUCUGUCUGAAGCCCACGCGAAAAUGAGACUGUCGCCUAUCGUGGAAGAGACAGAUGUGAAUGAAGCUGUGAGACUGAUCAAGUCGGCGAUCAAGGCCAGCGCCACGGACUUGAGAACGGGCUUGAUUGAUAUGGGCUUGUUGAGUGAGGGUGGAGGUGUCAGCGAACGGCGGAGGAGAGAGGAUCUAAAACGAGCAGUGCUGGAAGUAUUGGAUACGGACGGUGCUAUCCGCAGCGGAGGAGCUCUGAGGUACACGGAUGUCUAUCGAAAGGUUUCCGAGGGCAGCAGCGUGGAAGUUGAAGGCACCGAGUUCAACGAUGUCAUUAGAGCGCUGGAAGUCGAAGGGAAAAUCACCCUGACUGGCGAGGGAGCCAGGAGAUCCGUGAGGCGGAUUACGGGUGUCUGAAUGUGCCCACAGACAGGCGUACCGCGUGCAAAGAAUCCUGGGAGCGAAUGGAUGGACGAAUACGACAUGGUCGGGGACGUGACCGUGGACUAUUGACUAUUAUACCUUGCCCUGGAGGUUCUCUUCUCAGUGACUUCCUCUCCGUCCCCUGCCUGCCAUUGUUGGUUUUGGUGUUUGGGUAUUUGGGAUCAUAUGUGGAGUCGGUGUUUUAUCCAAUGGUUGGGUUUCUUCCGCUACGAUGAUGAGGGACGACCGUGUUGAGACAGGCUACAGAUGAGCGCAGGGGUGCGUUGGCCGCGUGGCCGCGUGGUCGGGUGGUCGGGCAGGUAUCUAUGUGGUCAUGAUGAUAAGUAAAUGAAGGACUGGGACGAGGAUGAGAACAAUACACCGUAUAUUGAGUAAGAAGGACCCGAGGUGACUGCGAUGUAACCUUCUCGACGACAGUGUGCAACGGGGACGAGGCUGAGACCUAGGAACCCUAUCUAUAGAGUGAGAAUGAGAGGACUGAG